AUGGCUGCUGCAUCUUCUCGUGCCAAGCUCCUCCUGACCUUGGUCUUGCUGCAGGCUCUGUGGGACUCGGCCGCGCCGGCCUGCUCCAUCGACGCCAUCUACAGCUUCGGGGACUCCAUCGCCGACACCGGCAACCUCCUCCGCGAGGGCCCCGUGGGCUUCUUCUCCUCCAUCGGCAGCUACCCCUACGGCCAGACCUACCGGAAGCCCACCGGCCGCUGCUCCGACGGCCUCCUCAUCAUCGACUACUUCGCCAUGGCGCUCGACCUGCCGCUGGUCAACCCGUACCUGGACAAGAGCGCCGACUUCAGCGGCGGCGUCAACUUCGCGGUGGCCGGCGCGACGGCGCUGGACCGCACGUACCUCCUGCAGAACGCCAUCGUGAUGCCGCCGGGGAACACGCCGCUCAGCUCCCAGCUCGACUGGUUCAAAUCGCACCUCAACGACACGUGCCAGCAAGAUUGCGCGAAGAAGCUGGCCGGAGCCUUGUUCUUGGUCGGGGAGAUCGGCGGGAACGACUACAACUACGCCUUCUUUCAGAAGAGGUCCAUCGAGGCCGUCAAGGCGUACGUGCCACUGGUCGUGAAGAGCAUCAUGGACGUCGCAAAGGAGGUGAUCGAGCUGGGAGCGACCCAGAUCAUCAUCCCGGGGAACUUCCCGAUAGGGUGCUCGCCGAGCUACCUCUCCCUCUUCUCCGCCGCCGGCUCCACGGACCACGACGAACGGGGCUGCCUCAAGAGCUACAACGCCUUCGCCGCGUACCACAACGAGCAGCUCCAGGCGGCCAUCGUCGACCUCCGCAAGGUCAACGCCGACGUCUCCGUUGUCUACGCCGACUACUACGGCGCCUUCCUGCACCUCCUCGACCACGCCUCCGUCCUAGGGUUCGACGAGGGGUCGCUGCUGAAGGCCUGCUGCGGCGCCGGCGGGGAGCACAACUUCGACAUGGACAUGAUGUGCGGCGGGCUCGGGGCGAGCACGUGCGCCGACCCGGCACGCCACGUGAGCUGGGACGGCAUCCACCUCACACAGCAGGCCUACAGGGCCAUGGCGCUGUCGAUCCUCAUGGAAGGGUUUGCCCAGCCUGCCGAAAGCGUGCAGGAUAUAUGGAGCUGCUGGUGA